AUGACGGAUUACAUUCUUUUCACCAGCGAAUUUAUGAGAAGAGAAAUUCCCGAACUUAGGAUGGUUGAGGUAAUACCUAUUUUUGGAAAACUCAACUAUGUAUUUCUUAGCAAACUGUCUCAAAAAGUAGGCAUAAAGUAUAGAUUUUUAUUAGAUAAGGACAAUCAUCUUAUAGAAAGAGCCAAAAAGAUUGAGAAAGGGGAAAUUAAAGAAGGAGUAAAGUUAAAGAACUGUAAACAUGAGCCACAAAAAUGUACUCGAGAGAAGGUACACAAAAAUUUUUGGGAUAUUCAUACUAAAGGAAGAUUAGAAGAAAAGGAAGAAGAUAUUAUUUAUGAUAGCGAAGGAGGGGAAAUUGAUUGA